AUGUCUCCCUGGUUUCCUGAGAGUGUAGGCUGGUUCGUGGCCUGUGGUUGGUUUUGCAGCGUCGCUUCGGGCGCACCAAUAGUAUUGAGCCAUACAUUUGCUGCUAUCGGCUUCAUCCUAAUCGCUUCGGAUGAGCGCAGAGCCAGUACUGGCAAAUCAUUCGAGCAGUUUGGCAAGGAGCAAUGCGAUAGAUUGAAUAGAAGUGCCAUGAGGAGUCAGACGCAUCCGAAAAUGAUAGCCGGGGAUUUUGUUACGCGGGCAACCUCUGGCGAGGAUGCGGUAGGGGAGAUGCUCCCUGAGUGUGAAACCCUGCUUGCACAAGACCUCGGGCAAUUGCUUGACAAUAUCAUGGAGAUGUAUGUGCUGCCAUGGUAUGGUAAGAUUAGCGAAGAUGCAAACUUUCCGAAUGAGCUCCGCGCUGUACUCGCUCGAGCGCUGGGAGAUGUAUGUUCGCGCAUGCUGGACCAAGUGAAUCUUGUGUCUCUCAUUUUGGAUGGCUGUCUGGACGCACUGACCCGUCAAAUCAAAGCGCAUGGUGUGAUGCGGGCCAGCUGCGAGUAUGCCGGGAUAGAUCCUAAGACAGACAUAGUGGCUUCGCGGUUGCGGCACCUUGAAGCUAUCAAACGGCGAAAUGACGCCACAAUCCGAAAACUCAGGAAGAUAGGAAAACUCCACCCAGCUGUUGGUUGCGGAGACGAAAAAACCUCUGCUGGAAACAAUGUGGCCUCCUGUGAGUUGCGAUAUCUCACCCAGCUCUCUGGGCGCCUGACCCAGCUCCUGCUGACGCAAGAGGACAAGAAAUGUCGAGCGGUCCGAGAGCUUCUGGUGUUUGUUCCAAUAUUGAACGCGAUCUCCCCCGAAACCAUUGCUCUGUGGCUCACCAACGCACUUGCUGGACGUCGCAAGUCUCUAGCCGAUGACGGCAAAUCAAGCGUGCGAAUCGAAGCUUCUAUACAGAACAAAAAGCUUCCACAGGAUGGGCAUAGGAUGGGCAGUGUAUGUGCCGGCAAAUGUCUCGCUGGUUUCCAGUCAGACGAUGCCUGGAUUCAUUUUGGUGGUGAAUUAGAUGCUGCUGCUGCACUUUCACAUCUCAAGAAAGAGGGUCAGUAUCUGUGGCGCGUGGAGCCGGGAGCAUUCACAUCGCGUGCCCUCGACGAACCUGUCGAAUUCAUUCUAUCGUAUGCCGCUUCCGACGGCAGUAAUGUCUGUCACGUGAUAUUUUUUGGAGUGCCAUUGGGCUCUGAUGGAGAUGCAGGGUUCGAAUACUUGAGAUUCGGGGGUGGGAGCCGAGAUCCACGUCUCGUGGACCGAAAGCGCGAACUUACAAUUUGUGGCCUUGUCCCGUCUCUCCGAGAAGUUGCGUCUGCUUCACAGACGUUGGUAAGACUCCGCCACUGGUCCCGCCUACUGCCGCGGCUCUUAGCAAGGAUCCGAAAGCAGCGCUACGGCAGAGGACACCCAUGCCACACCUUGGCACUAACGUUGAAUCGCUUUUCCGGGAGCAGCUCAGACACGUGUUGCUCAUUGAGCUUCAGGCAGCGGUGGAGAUGGCAGAAGACGUCUCGUCCACACUUCCAGGUCCAAGGUACAAUAGCCAAGUCAAAGAGACCAGUUACCCAGAGCGACUGGUGUCAUGGGCGAGGUCCACAUGCUGCCUUGCGCCUCCUCAAGGCCAUCGAUGCUACUCUUGCCCACGGCGGCGUUUGUAUUGCCACAGAUGGCGACUCUACUAGGACAGCACGUGCUUUUUAUUGGGACUAUUUCUCCCAUGCAGCGCGCGGCGACUCGAAAUCAGUCUUUCUCCGCAGCACCGCAGCCGCAAUGUGCCCCGAAGCUCUGGCCGUCUGUGAUGAGUUGGUUGGAAUAACUGCGGCCAAUUGUGCGCUUCAGACAAGGCGCGGAGCCGCAGAAAUGGCCUGGCUCGUUGCUGCACUGCGCAUGCGUACACUCCAUGGCUGUCUUUAUGAAGCAGCUGCAGACACAGCUGUAGAUGGAAUGGCCUACUACACGGCGGACUCAAUUUUUCUCGAGCCCAACGACUAUGGUCGUCUUCUCUGGUUUGCCAAACGGAUUGAUGCGCUCGACAUGGAGCCGCCAAUUGAUGCCCUCCGACGGGAUUACCCCGAGCUUUUCGCUUACUGCUCUUCUCAUAGAAACAAACAUGUUGUCGAACCUCGAACGCCAUUCUCGCCGCCACCAAGAGACGCCCAUCCCUCACGCCACCCCCAAGUCAAUGUUAAAUCCCGCAAAUCUGGUGAUAACGACUCAAGCAACGCGAUUGACAAAAGCGUGGACGUGGUGCUUGCAUGUCAACGACGAAUUGCGAUUGCAGCUACCCUUGAGACACGGUCAAUGACAGUGCCCUCAAGAGUAAUAGGAUGCUCACAAGGCCACAGCCCUGCAGCAAUCAAAGUCAAUUAUCUGCUUCGACAUCGUCCAACAAGUGAGUCUCUUAUCGCGAGGGGCAUAAUCCGAAGCGGAGCCUGGCCUAACAUUGAACUAGCCCGCCGCUGUGAACUUCUGACAGAGCCUCAAUUGCAAAUCGAGCAGGGCUGCGAGCAGCUUGAGAAGAGACCAAUGACCGCACCGUGUAACGCUGGGCACCUUGACUCAUUUCGAGAUGAGGCCCAGGCAGCAACAUAUUAUCGAAUUUGGUUGUUGCAAGCGACGACGGCGGGUGGCGAGAAGCGAGUCGUCCCCAUCUCUCGCGACAGUAUAGCUCCGCCCUAUGCACGGAAGCGAUUUCGUGACUUUUGGUCUCUGCGUGAAGCACUUGAAGCUAGCACUGGUUCGUCAGUGCGAGUACCCGGACUCCCGCCUCGGGGAUUUUCACGUACUAAAGUGACCAUGGAAAAGCGCCGUGCGGGUCUGGAAGAGUUCCUCACAGCCCUCCUGGCCGACCCUUGCUGGCGCCAUUCUCAUGAACUUGGCAAAUUCUUGACCUGCAACAUCUCUGAGCCCCGUGAUAGUGACUUGAAUAUCGAAACUGAAGAUGAGGGCAAUUCUAGUUCCAGCGAUCACGAGCCAAACACGAGGAAUUUUUUGGGUCACGAUGCCAUCAAUGGCAUAACACCGAGUCGAGCACCACCGUGGAGCCCAAGUGCAAGAGAUGAAAAUGGAGUAAAACCGCAACUCCCGUCACCCAUUCGCACCAUGGGUCUUGUAUCCGCGCCUUUCAUCGCAGCCGCUGGUCUGGUCGCGCCCAAUUUGGGAAAGGACGACGCCACUUUGAAAAUCCCUCACCUGCGCCAGCCAACUUCAGCAGACUGGCGUAAGCUUCGGCGCGUCGAGCAUCACUGUUAUGCCCUGCUGCGAGUGCUCUUUGAAAUCGAGCGCCUCGGUUUGCUGCGCCGUAACUUUGUCGCUCUCAUUCGCCGUGUGACAACCACGCUCUGGUCCCCCUCACUUGCUGCUUGGCUUGGAGAUCAGGCCAAACGUAAACACAAAGUGCGAUCGUUGUCCGGACUUAUAAGCAAACUAAAUGGGUUCUUGUGGCAGAAUAGCUGCGAGAAUGACACCCGUCUCGACCCUCGGGGUCUGGCUGAUGCUGUUGCCGUCGUGCGCAGAGACCUUGUUGCGGCGGUGCCCUCGUCGCUUGUGUCGCUCCUGGGUCAGAAGGCCACCGAAGAUGCUGCAGAUAAGCUCCUUGAGCUCGUGCUUUGCCCAAUUCAGCUCCGCAGCAUCACACUCACGCUCCUUGACCUCGUCAUUGUCGAGAUAUUUCCUGAGCUUGAACUCGAAUUGCGUGUCGCACUCAGGCUGUUCAGCCCGAGUCUCAACAAUCGUAUCCUGGACGAGCUCCUUCAAGGACUCUUUCUGUUCAUCAAGGAAUUCUGGGGAGGCAUAGAAGGUCUUCUGAUCCUGAAGCUUCUUGUCCAGUUUGAUUCUUAG